CAAUCAACAAUGGGAAGCCCAUUUCUGGUGGAAUUCAAGAGACAAGCCUCCUUCUACCUUAAGGAGAAGAUCAAAACUGCUCGCCUGGCGCUUACCGAUGUCACCACCGCACAAAUAUUGACAGAAGAAGCUACAAGUGAAAACGUAUGGCCGCCGGACACACGCAGCAUGGGAGUGAUUUCGAGAGCUGCUUUCGAGGUCGACGAUUACUGGAGAAUAGUGGAGAUCGUACACAAUAGGUUGAUCAACUUCAACGAGGAAAGCUGGCGAGUUUCUUACAAGACCUUGCUUCUGUUAGAACACCUUCUCACACAUGGACCCUUGAGAGUUGCUGAAGAGUUUGAAAGGCAGAGGCCUGCUAUCAGGAGGAUUGGGUCUUCUUUCUCGUUCGUUGAGGAAAAAGGUUUCAACAGGGGUUUGAGUGUGGCGAACCUGUCCUUGAAGGUGAUAAAGCUAAUCGAAGACUGCGAGUUUCUCAUGGGAGAAAGGACACGACAGCGAAAAUUAACGCGAGGGAUUCAAGGAUUCGGAAGAAGCUUCAACGAUGAACAACAACAGUCUACAUCAUCGUCAUCAGAUGCAGAGGAUGACAGUCGGAGCAGGAUGUCCCGGCGGAAUUCCAGCUAUGAUCUAUCCAAAGAAAGAGCUCAUUCUCCUGCAGAACAUUCAUUCGACGAUUUAGAUUCAGACGACUGCAGCCAGAGCCAGAGUUCUGAUUCCACUGGCGGCGGGAUAGUACUAAAGGCAAUAACCAGCUGGAAUUCAAGCUGCGAUCUUCUAAAACUAAGGGUCCAUUCCUACACCGAACUUCCAGACGAUGAGCCAGAGGCGUAA